AUGGCUGGAAAUAAAGCGCGACACAAUGAGGCGCCGUGCGAGGGCGGCGAUGACAGGAGCAACGACGACGGCACCAUGUACGCCCCCGUGCCGAGGAUGAAGAAGCGUCCGCGCGGACAAGGAGGAGGAGUCAAGGAGGAGGACGACAUGAACUAUUCGUCCCCCCCGCCGGAGCCGAAAGACUCGCUGUCUGAUGAGGGGGACCAGGCCGCGAGCAGCAACAGCAGCGCAGGCGCCUGCGGGGAGGGCCGAACGUGCGUUUCCUGCCGCAAGAGCAAGCUUGUGUGCAUCGCACAAGUCAGGGGCAGAGGUCGACCCGUCGCCAGCAUGACGGCAGGCAAGAAAAGUUUGAAACUGGACGAAGACAGAGUGGGCCGCAGCAGCAAGAACGGCGGAGGGGCCGACGACACCAGCAGGAGUGCACGCGUUGCCAAGAGCGUGGGAGCAGAAGAAGAGCCGGGCAGCAGCCAUGCUAACGGUAGCGGCAACAGCAGCCGCAGCGGCAGCAGCGGCAGGGGGUCGUCUGGCGCCUCCCCGUCUGCAGGUGUUUUGUCGUCUGCGCAUCCCUCUCUCGCCGGCGGUGGCGGCGGCGGCAUAGAUGGCUCCACCACAGGCAGCAGUGGGAGCAUGGGCACACGGACAGGCCAGCCGUCUUCCUCUGUCGAGGUGCCUCCUCUAGCUGCCGUUGCUUCGCAGAUUGCCGCCGGGACCUCCCCUUCUCCGCUGUACGCCGCCGCCCUCGACGGGGAGGGCUCGCCCCGAGGUGACCACGGCGGCGAUGGUGGCGGCGGCGUCGGGGAAGGAUUUCUGUUGGCCCCCCUCGAGCAGCGGCACCUCGAAGCUUGUUCUCGUGCCCUUUCGCCACGUAUCAUGCAAUCAGGAAUCCCAACCAUAGCGCCACCGCAGCAGCAUCAACAGCAGCAGCAGCAGGGUGUGUACGGCGCUUUGCAUAAUAGCUCGGCGCGACCGCUGUCGACCCACCCCCUACAAUUCCACGGAGGAGGCAUUGGCGGGGGCGGUAGCGGCAGCAGCGGCCUCAGCGACGGCGGGAGCAUGGCGGCGAUGAACGCCUCCGCAGCGCAGGGGUCGAUCAGCUCGGCGGGCGGCUCGUGGCGAGGUGCGUUCCUCGGCGGCCCCGGUCCUGCGGCGCACGCGGUCGGCGGCCUUGGCGGGACGGGAGAGGUUAGCAGGAACGACAUCGACACCCCGAACGGCCAGUGGGAGUACAUGAACACCCCUUCGGUCGCAACGGCAACGGCAACGGUCGAAGGCGAGGUGAACGCGCCCGCCUCCUCCUCCUCCGCAGCGGAAAGCUUCGCCCCCAUGCCGAUGGGUCACAUGGCAAACAGCGGCAUCGGGGGUGGCGGCGGCGGCGGCGGCGCGGGCGACGGUCGGGGCGAGAACGGGCGCGGCGGCGGCGGCGGCGGCGGCGGCGGCGGCGGCGGCAUGGGCAUGCGGAGAGGCAAGUGCAUCUCCUCGCUCUCGAGCGACGGGGGUUUCAAUGGCGCCGGGAAGGUGGCGGCGUCGACGUGGGUGGAGGCGAUGGAUGAGCACACGCACGCGGUCGCCGCCGGCGCCGGCGCUACCGCCGGCGCCGGCGCCCCUACAGCUGGGGCGCGUGGCGCGGCUGGAGGCGGCGGCGGCCCCGACGGCAGCGUCGAUCCUACCGAAGCCAUCGUGUCGGGCUUCUGGAAGCUGUUCAGAGAACACGAAGUCCACCGUCCAAAGGCGGUCCUUGUCAUCCGGCAUUGGGCGUUGUGCGCCCUGGACAGGCGGAGCACCCACCUCAUGCGCGAGACUGUCAGCAUGGCGAGGGCGCUGUCCAUCAACGUCGCUGAAAUUCUGAACGACUACAGCAUAUACGCCAUGUUCCACGAGCUAUUACGAGAGGCUGAGGCGGGCAACACAAUCGAGCCGGUGCCCCCCGCGGAGCUCGGCCACCAAGAGACCCCGCAGUACAUCCAGGAGAUGUCGUCGGUGUUCGCGGCCGUGUCGAUGCGGGUUGUUCUUCGGGGGCAGAGCAGCUUCCACCACAACGACGUGUGCGGCCGCCUCUUCUUGACCACGCAAGAGGCGAACGAGAUGUACGCCUCCGAUAACCAGGACGUGUGGGCGACGUGCAUUCACCCGGACGAUCACCAAGACCUUCUUCGACAACUUAUCGAUGCAGCUCUUCCGUACUCCUGGGCACCAGUCCGAGUUCAAGAAAGUGUUGAAGUGAUGCAAAGCGCUGCCGUUUCUCAUUCCGAGCGCAUUCGUCCAUUACUCGUGUACCCGCCUUACCCCGCUGCAUCGGCUGCCCUCCGGGAACGAACAAAUGCCCUUGGGGUCUCUACCAUAUUGUUUAUUGUUUUCCUGUUGCGCCUGCCGGACCAUCUUCAGUGUCGAGACCGAAUCGGGGUCGUUUUCCUGGCGCUGGUCCACUUCCGGUACGAGUUCCGAGACGACGGCAAUUUCGCCGCGUUCGGCCUGAGCAUUCUCCCCCUGCCCCAGUCGGACUACAUCCAGAACGUCGAGCAGCCGCUGACCGCGUCCGACGGGCACGGUAGCAGCGGGGGUUCCACCGCCGCGUCGCCGCCCGUGCAGCCGCAGCCGGAAGGGCCAUCAUCGUCUAGGCCGUCGCUGCCGCCGCCGCCACGGUUCGUCGGCAGCGGUAACAGCGGCGACAGAGGAGCGGGGGGGGUGGGGGUGGGGGCGGCGGCGGCGGCCGUGACGACGGCGCUUCGCGGCGUGUCGUCCGCAAGCUGUAGCGUGCCCUCGUCCUCGGGGGUCGUGACCGCUGUUGCCGCGUCGGUUGCCGGAGAAGGAGACUGCGGGCUCUCGCGGCAGCCGCUCCCCCCGCUUGACCUCGAGGUGAUGCAGCGGCGGCCGGGCUCGCUCGGCGGACACGGGAGCGGGGGCGGAGACUCGGCCGACGUUUCGCCGGGCGGGGUGGGGGCGGCGGCGGCGGCGGCGGCGGGAGCGGCGAUGGCCACGGGCGGCGUCGGUUUCAGCUUUUCCCGGUUUUCUUACGGGGGGGGGGGCGGCAGCGCCCCCCGAAAAAACCCCGUUUUGGGGCCCGGCAAUUAA